GUCGGCGGAGCGGCCGUUAAAUACCAAUGGCGGGCUCCGUUAAAGAAACCCCAAUAAUCCCAACGACUCUGCGUUUCCGUUAAUUUCCCUGCAAGAUUCCGUCAACUCUCGCCUCCUAUUUAGAUAUAUAGAACGCAGACCCGAGCUCAUCAUCGUUUGGCAAGAUUCUGAAGCUCAGCAAAACAAAGAAGCCCUAAAUCGAAACGGAAUUCAUCGAAGCUGACCGGAGUGAUUGACCGCAUAAUAGAAGACCCCAAACGGAAAAUUGGAACUUUUGGUUCCUUCUAUUGAAACUUUCAGGUCGAUUUGUUAUUUGAAGGGUAGGCAAGUGUUGGUUCAAAGCAGAGGAUUGUAAAGCUGCUGGAAGCUGGUCUCUGAGAACUAGGGCUGAUCUUUUUCUGAACUACAAACAGUACCGUCUCUUAAGAAUUCUUUUCACAUAGAACAGCUCAUGCUAACCCCAUAGCAUGGACUCGCGCCAGAUUUUUGGAUACAGUGUGACUGGUGCGGAUCUAUCCUUCACAUCUUCCUAUCCUACAGUCCCUUCGAUACCUAAUCGCCUAUUUGGGUCCUUGAAAUUUGAUCUUGGGAACUCACCGAACUCUCCUUUUUCAAAUCAGUUUGACUGUGACACUCUUACUACAUUUAGCGAUAGCCAGGAGCAGCACAGCUCCACGGAGAAUCUUUCAGAACUCAGUGCUUCUUGUUCUUCAGUUGAAACCAACAGUUAUUUUAACCAUUUAAGUCCUUCUGUGGGCUGUCGGAGAGACAGUCUACAGGGCUAUUCUAGUGGAACUUCACUUUUACAGAAUGCAAGUCCUUGCCAUAAUAUAAAACACGCUCUGCUGGAAUUAGAAUCUGCUCUUAUGGCGCCUGAUGCAGAUGAAGUGACCACGCCAAGUCCUUCUCUUGGGGAAGAUAGGGGACCACAGAUACAGGUUCCAAUACCAAGGGCAUGGAGCCAAGAGGCCCAGGGGUCACUUGUGCUCCAACCUCAGCCAUCCUUUUCUUCUAGUUAUAAGAAGUUCAGUGAUGGAGUUCACAUUGAGAAACGCCAGAAGGCAAUGGAAGAAGGAUCUUUGCAGUCUAAUCCACCAGGAAAUCUCAAGGAAUUGCUGAUUGAAUGUGCUAGAGCUCUGUCCGAGAAUAGAUUAGAUGAUUUUAAGAAGUUGGUUGAAAAGGCCAGGGGUGCUGUGUCUAUUAGUGGUGAGCCAAUCCAGCGUCUUGGUGCUUACUUGGUAGAAGGGCUAGUAGCAAGGACAGAGGCAUCGGGCAACAACAUUUACCAUGCCCUCAGGUGUAGAGAGCCUGAAAGCAAGGACUUGCUUUCUUACAUGCAGAUCCUGUACGAAAUCUGCCCUUACUUAAAGUUUGGAUACAUGGCAGCUAAUGGGGCCAUUGCUGAAGCCUGCAGAAAUGAGGACCGCAUCCACAUCAUAGACUUCCAAAUUGCUCAAGGGACCCAAUGGGUGACACUCUUACAAGCACUUGCAGCAAGACCAAGUGGGGCACCUUGUGUGCGGAUCACAGGGAUUGAUGACCCUGUUAAUAAGUAUGCUCGUGGUGCUGGAUUGGAUGCAGUUGGGAAACGGCUAGCAGCAAUUUCUGAGAAAUUCAAAAUUCCUGUAGAGUUCCAUCCAGUGCCUGUUUUUGCUCCUGAUAUAACACUGGAAAUGCUGGAUGUGAGACCAGGUGAGGCUCUGGCUGUGAACUUUCCCCUCCAGCUCCACCACACCCCUGAUGAGAGUGUUGAUGUGAACAACCCAAGGGAUGAGCUUCUGAGAAUGGUGAAGUCACUUUCUCCUAAAGUGACCACUUUAGUGGAGCAAGAAUCAAACACAAACACAACCCCUUUUUUCACUAGGUUCAUCGAAACUCUAGACUACUACUCAGCAAUGUUCGAGUCAAUUGAUGUGGCCUUGCCCAGGGAGAGAAAGGAGCGUAUCAAUGUAGAGCAGCACUGUUUAGCAAGGGAUAUUGUUAACAUUAUUGCUUGUGAGGGCAAGGAAAGGGUGGAGCGUCAUGAGCUCUUCGGAAAGUGGAAAUCCAGGUUGACAAUGGCGGGUUUCCGGCAAUACCCACUGAGCACUUACGUUAACUCAGUGAUAAGGACCUUGCUUAGGUGCUAUUCAGAGCAUUAUACCUUGGUGGAAAGGGAUGGGGCAAUGCUGUUGGGGUGGAAGGACAGGAACUUGGUAUCAGCUUCGGCCUGGUAUUGACAGUCAGAAUAGGGGAUAUUAUGACAGGUAUAGAGGUAGCAAUAGAGAUAAGCCAGUUUCUAUUUUUUCAUAGAUUGACAGUGAUGACAGUCCAUGGUAUGGGAGUAUGAUAACACAACGGCCAUUGGACGAUGAUAUCCAGCUUCCUUCUUGCUGAACCCCAAUGGCCGACAUCUAUGUUUAUAUGAUGUCCCCUGCGCUACGAUGAUGAUCAUCAUUGUUCUUUCAUAGGCAUCUUCAUUUUUUUUUUUCCCUUAUGUCUAGUUUGUAUGUGCAUGUGAUGCAGGGUUUCCAAUCCCCUGGGAGUGAUACAUUUCAUCUGUUUUGUAAUACAUAAUGUAAAAUUCAUGUUUAACCUUUGUAAACUCCUGCAUCCAUAUGUUGAAGUAUGGUGCUUUGUCCAUACUGAAUAAAUCACUUAUUUUAUUUUGUUA